AUGUCUCGCUUGGCCGAUUAUUUUGUUAUCGUAGGAUAUGACCACGAAAAAGAAAGAAGUGGGAUAAGCAAUGGCAUGAUACUGCAAAGGUUUCCUGAAAAAGAUUGGCCGGACACUCCUUUCAUUGAAGGGAUAGAAUGGUUUUGCCAACCACAAGGUUGGUGUUUGUCAUCGGAACGACAAGAACCUCGAUUUUUCGUGUCUGUUCUUACAGAUAUCGACGCCAAUAGGCAUUUCUGUGCCUGCUUGUGCUUCAAUGAAACCGUUUCAAUAACGCCUAGUAAACCUGUUGAUGAGGAAGAAGAUGCUGUUGAAGGAGAAGCCCCCUUAGUGCGGGCUAUACCUGCGAUAUCCCAUCAUAGCAUUAUGUACGCUCCGAAAUGCUUGGUUUUAGUUUCUAGAUUGGAUUAUAUCGAAACUUUUAGAAAUUGCCUUGGUGUGAUAUACUCGGUUUACAUAGAAAACAUGCCGAUUCCUCUGGAAACAUUAGUAGGGAACAUACUUGGCUGCGUACAAGUUCCUCCUCCGGGUGGGCCUCAAGUUCGAUUUAGCAUAGGAGCAGGAGAUAGACAGGCAUUGCAACCUCCGUUGUCGCCCUCUCUUCCAGUUACAAACACAUCGGUCAGCUUGUUGUUUCAAGAAUUAGGAAUUCGGAACGUAAUUAAACUUUUUUGUGCAAUAAUGACGGAACACAAGAUAUUAUUCCACUCAAAAAGUUACAAUAGAUUAACGGAGGCAUGCAGGGCCUUAACUGCCAUAAUGUAUCCGUUUAGAUACACCCACGUUUAUAUUCCUUUGCUGCCCGCUUCAUUAGUAGAGGUUCUAUCAACGCCUACUCCUUUUAUUAUGGGGGUACAUUCAUCAUUGAAAUCAGAAGUAGCUGAAUUGAUGGAUGUAAUUGUAGCCGAUUUAGAUGGAGGAUCGAUUACAGUUCCUGAUGGUAUAUCACUUCCUCUUCUUACCGAGCCGCUGCUGAGCAACACCCAAGAGGCUCUAAGUUUGAUCCUGCAGCCGGAACUGUCGUUUGCAGAUCACGCUUUUCCUCCAUUGCCCAUCCGAGGGCCGUCAUCUAUCAUGUUAGACAAAGAAGUCAGGGCUGUUUUCAUGAGGACAUUUGCUCAAUUACUGCAAGGUUACCGCAGCUGUCUCACGAUCAUUCGAAUACACCCGAAACCGGUGAUAACGUUCCACAAAGCCGCGUUUCUAGGAGAACGGAAUUUAAAAGACUGCGAUUUCACGACGCGCGUAUUGGACUGCAUGUUUUUCACGAGUUUCGUGUCCGAACGGGGCCCGCCGUGGCGCCCCUGCGACGUCUGGGACGAAUUGUACAGCACCCUCAACGAAUUACUGAAGACUGAAAUGCAAGAUACUCAUUUGAUUUUGUCUCACAUACAAGAUUUGGCGACGCAAUUGUACACCAACGAAAUACCCAAUCCUCAGUCGUACUCUCAGAAGAUUCCUCUACCGCCCGAAGGAGCCUACGCGAGAAUACACCAGCCCGCUUUGCCGAAGAUUAACGGGGAGAAAGUUCAAGCUAUCAUCGAUGAGGGAUUAUCGAAGCAUAAUUUGAAAUCUAGUGGUGACUAUGCUUGGUUAUCCUCAUUAAGGCCAAUACAACCUCGAAUAGUACCAAUGGGUCCAAACAUAUCCAAUCUCAGCGACAACAAGAAUAUUGUCAGCAAUUCAGCGAGAAGAUUAGAGGUAUUAAGAAACUGCAUCAACUGCAUCUUCGAAAACAAAAUAUCCGAUGCGAGGAAAACAUUUCCGGCAGUUUUGAGGGCGCUGCAAUCGAAACAGGCUCGACUGGCUCUCUGCCACGAACUCUCCCAUCACGUCAGCGGCACCAAGGCGAUGUUGGAGCAUCAACAAUUCGAUUUGGUCGUCAGGCUGAUGAAUUGCGCCUUGCAAGACGAUUCUUCCAUGGACGAACACGGCGUAGCCGCGGCUCUGUUGCCGCUCGCGACGAUAUUCUGUAGAAAAUUGUGCACCGGAAUCAUCCAGUUUGCGUAUACUUGCAUCCAGGAGCACAGCGUGUGGAACAAUCAACAAUUUUGGGAAGCAGCUUUCUACCAAGACGUUCAAAAGGAUAUCAAAGCUUUGUACACUUCGAGAGAGCCUAAAAUAACAGGCGACCAUCUCAGCCCGUUGUCGCCGAGAGAUUCGAAGGACUACAGCUGGCAUAGGCGUUCGGCUCUGACGGCCGCGUUCUGUAGAACGCAGGAGCCCACGGCUCUGGAAAUAGCGGCGGAGCAAAUGCGAAUAUGGCCGUCGAUCGAAGCUGAAAAGCAGAAGGAGCUGAUCACUUGCGAGGAAAACACCAUUUACAGUCAAGCCAUACAUUACGCCAAUCGAAUGGUGUAUCUGUUGAUACCGUUGGAUAUGGGACAUAAAAUGAGCAAGCAAGAUUUGUUCGAUGAAGAGAGAAUAAGCAACAGCAUCGCUAAUAGUGUUGCCGAGAGCGAUAGUGCAGACGCUGAAUCUGGUUUCGAAGAUCAAGAUCCGGGCGAAACGGGCAACACCGUGAUCCGAAUGGUUUCCCGUUUCAUUGAUAAAGUUUGUAACGAAGGCGGGGUUACAAGGGAUCACAUUAGAAAUUUACAUCAAAUGAUACCCGGUGUAGUGCACAUGCACAUCGAAACGUUGGAAGCCGUUCAUCGGGAAUCGAAGAGACUUCCGCCGAUUCAGAAACCUAAAAUUCUAACGCCGAAUAUGUUAGCAGGAGAAGAAAUAAUAAUGGAAGGUUUGAGAGUGUAUCUUCUACCCGAUGGUAGAGAAGAAAGUAGUGUUGGUUUACUAAGCGGUCCUCCAUUAUUACCAGCGGAGGGUGCAAUCUUCCUUACAAACUACCGCAUCAUAUUUAAAGGAAUACCUUGCGAUUCUUUUGCUUGCGAGCAAAUAGUCGUACGAUCGUUUCCGGUGACUUCUCUGACAAAAGAGAAGAAGGUGGCGGUGCAAUAUCUGGCCCAUCUUGAUCAAUGGCUGCAAGAAGGGUUGCAGUUGCGCUCGUGCACCUUUCAACUGAUGAAGUUCGCUUUCGACGAGGAAGUAACGGCCGAGAACGUCGAUACGUUACGGAAACUCAUACAUAAAGUGCGCCACCCGCCCGACGUUUUCCACCAUUUCGCCUUCACCGGACAAGUGGUCGUCAGUCAGACGCCUUUGCAUAAAAAUAAAGAAAAGAACGCUACGUUGAAAGGAUUCGCCAAAAAAACGUUCCUGAAAACCGCGAGAAAAGCCGGUUUCAAGCAGAAAUCGUCUUCCAAACGACAAAAAUACGUUUUGCCCAAUUUGAAUAUAAACAACGGAAAUAAAUACAUGACGUCGCCCGGUCGAAUGAGCCUACCCAUAACCGAUGACUACGGACAUGACGAUGAUCUGUCCAUUGACGAUUUCGAAACCGGCCAACCGACCAUUUCUCCGGCUCCAACUGACGCUAAAACGCUGGAACGAUUGCAGGAGAGGAGUUACGUAAGGGACUGGCAGAGGCUGGGUCUGUGUAACAACAGCAGUUCGCCUACGACUAAACAAUCUGCGGAUCAAUUCCGUUUGACGUCCGUUAAUUCGAUCUACAUGAUGUGUAGAAGUUAUCCUGCAUUGCUGGUAGUUCCUGCUACUGUGACCGACGAAAGUAUUAGACGAUUUUGCCGUUGCUAUCGCCAAGGUAGAAUACCUGCAAUAACGUGGAGACACCCUCGCACGAAAGCUUUACUUUUAAGAGGAGCUGGUCACCAUGGAAAAAGUGUCAUGGGUAUGUUGAAGAGUCACCCGGCACCUGCCGCUUCUACAGAAACCACAUCGUCUACUGAACAAGAUAAAUAUCUAUCGGCUUUGGUAAACGCAACUCCGAUUUAUUCGCACAGAACAACAUGGGGAAUGUCGGAUAGUUCCUUGAGUAUAGACUCGCUUUUAUUAGCAGCAGAAGAUCCUUUGGCUUGCGCUACAAUGACUCCGGAAGUAGCUAGGCGAUCUAAUCCUUUUAACAAAGCUAUAGGAACUUUAGGGGUGUUUCCGCGCUCUUCGGGCGGUAAAGGUCCGAGGAACUUCGGCAGAUGGGGCUCCCUCAAGGAUCGCCGGCAAUCAUCGCAAGCGUCUUUAGCAGGCGCGCAGGGUAAUAGAGUUAACCUGCGACACAGCACCGAUAUCGAUAACGCGAUAGAUGGAGUUCACUCGCUCCAGAGAGCCGCGCUCUACAUUCUGGGCGAGAAGGCUCAUAUGAAAGGCAUCAAAAUAGAGGCGGCGCCGAAGACUGAUUUUAUCCCGGUAGAAUACUACGACGUGAGACACACGAAAGCCGCUUUCAAGAAAUUGAUGAGAGCGUGCAUACCGAGUUCCCAGAACGCCGAACCCGAGCACAGCUUCCACAGGUUGAUCGAAAGUUCGGAAUGGUUGCAACAGAUACAGAACAUCAUGCAAUUGUCCGGCGCUGUGGUAGAUCUGCUGGACCUUCAGGGAUCGUCGGUGGCGCUUUGUCUCGAGGAAGGGUGGGACAUUACGGCUCAAGCUGCUUCGGUCGCCCAACUUUGCUUGGAUCCCCAUUAUCGCACUAUCGAAGGGUUCCGGGUGUUGGUCGAAAAGGAGUGGAUAGGAUUCGGUCAUAGGUUCAGUCACAGGAGUAACUUGAACGCCAACUCGCAGGCGAGCGGCUUCGCGCCGACUUUCCUGCAAUUUUUGGAUGUCGUACACCAAAUUCAGAAGCAGUUUCCCAUGGCGUUCGAAUUCAACGAUUACUAUUUGAGGUUUUUGGCGUACCAUUCGGUCUCUUGCAGAUUCAGGACGUUUUUGUUCGAUUGCGAAUUAGAAAGGGUCGAAAGCGGAGUUGCUGCUGUCGAAGACAAGCGAGGCUCCCUGACGUCCCACCACAAAAGCGUCGAUACUGUUUCGGACGAUGAGAACAUCUACCCAGGUGGCAGGAUUGCCUCGUCUUCUCAAGGACCCAACUUGGGCCAAAGCGUUUUCGAUUACGUGGAAAAACAGCACGCCAGGAAUCCGAUGUUUUUCAACUUCAUGUACACGCCGGACUUCGAGCAUCCGGUGCUGAGACCCCAAUCCUACCUGCCUUGCUUGGAAAUCUGGAGCUACUAUCUCGACGAAGACCUGCGGUACGGGCCGAGCUACGAUCCGGAGAUAAAUCAGAUGGAUUCCCAACAGGAGGAAGAAGCCGAAGCAGCGGAUGGCAUCGCGAAAACCAGGAAAAUCGUGUGCUUGGGAUACGAUAACGUGAACAGAACGGUCCCGGACGCUUUCAGCCAUUUGCUCGAGGAAAUCCACAAGCUGGAAUCCGAACUGGGCCAUUUGCCGCAAAAGUGGAAGAUCCUUUGGGACAAAUUGGAAAUCCCGUUGACCGAUUCUCUUACACGUCACGCUUCCUUCAGCACUGCCUUGGUUAGAUCGCACGGAAGAUUGGUGCAUAAACGAUCGACGCUGGAAAUUUUAAUGAGGGGUAAAAUGGUCGGUGCAGCCGAAACCUCUCUCAUUUACUCCCAUCCGCAUAGAUUCGAACGUUACAAUUACACUACUCCCACUUACUGCGAUCAUUGCUCGAACGUAUUGUGGGGACCAGUAAAGACUGGUAUGAGAUGUAUGGAUUGCGGAUACAGCUGCCAUGAAAAAUGUACAGACAGUGUACCUAAAAACUGUACAAAGUACAAAUCCGUUGCAGAUAGUGUAACGUCACAUUCGCAGGGUAACACUGGUGACAACGCGUCCGUUAGUUCGGGAAGCGCUCGUCAAACGUCUAAUCAACAGUACUAUGAACAAUUUUCGUCGAACGUCGCCGAAGAUAGAACGCACGAAGGAUAUUUGUACAAAAGAGGUGCAUUGCUCAAAGGCUGGAAACAAAGAUGGUUUGUGCUGGAUUCCAUAAAACACCAACUUAGAUAUUACGAUGCGAUGGAAGAUUCUCAUUGCAAAGGGUAUAUAGAUUUAGCUGAAGUAAUGUCGGUGAAUCCUGCACCGCCAGCGCCAGGUCCUCCUAAGAAAACGGACGAUAAGUCUUUCUUUGAUUUACGAACUAGUCGCCGAACAUACAAUUUUUGCGCUAUCGAUACAGCAUCGGCACAAGAAUGGAUCGAGAAGCUACAAGCUUGUCUAUAA